UUCAGUUAAAUUUCGGUUUUGGAAAUGAGCUAGGUUGCUAAUUAGUCGCAAAGUUGUAGUUCUAGUUAAAGUGAAUUGUGGCCGUUAUGGCAUGUGCCGCUGUUUAUGGAUGAUGACAGUGAAUAUAAAAUAUAAAGAAGGAAGCACGGAUUACAUGACGUAUUUUUCAUAUCCAGAUGAAUAUUUGCGGGAGUGUUACCGUUUUUCAUGAGAAUCAUUCAUUUAUUUAACAAAACUUUUGAAACCUCAUAUGUUGUCACACGCCAACGUGACACAUCGUGGAUCAGCGCUUAACACCGAGCACAUUUUACUGACCCAUACACAAAAUAUACCAUCAUUUAAAGCUUAAUAGCAUUUGAAAGGAAUGACGUACAGUCACACAACCAACUGCAGUGUCCUCCUGGCCUUCAAUAAAUAAAGUGUCUCAGUCUAUAUAAACGGAGCACAUGGGCGUAACCACGCAUUCUUUGGGGGGGUCCCCCAAUGUUGAGGAAAUACUAAUCUGUCCCACCCAAUAUACAGUACAAAAUAUUUUCUAUAUGUCCCCCUUUAAUGAACCCUGCCAACGGAUCUGUCUUUUCUUCAUCUAUUCUAUUUAUUUAUGUCUAUUCCUUUUUUAAUAAAUUUCCGUUUGUUAAGGAAACCCCCACUGUCCAUCCCAUGGGUACGCCCUUGUCUAAUUGUCAGCCGAAAAGUGCAGACAUAGUUAAUUUCACAGUGCUCCAGUGAAAUUCAUGGCAAUUUUUAUAUACGAUUUAAUAGUUUAUUUUGUUUAAAUAAAAAACCUAAAAGAUGUGCGUCAUACCUGACACCUAGAUGAACAGUUUACAGUUGGGUUUGCGACUGUACGUCCUUCCCUUCAAAUGCUAUUGAGCUUUAAAUGAUGCUAUAUUUUGUGUAUGAGCCCUGCAAUGGAUUGGCACCCUGUCCAGGGUGUACCCUAACUUGCGUGCCCUGGGCUCCAGGUUCCCUGCGACAAAGUAGGAUAAGCAUUAUAGAAAAUAGAUGGAUUAUUAUUAUUUAGGUCAGGUUAGUGAAGCUUUUAUUUAGACACUUUUUGUGCUUAGAGGCUGAAUUCCAAACGCCUGCGUUAUCUCCUAUAUAGUACACUAUAUAGGACCCACAACUGAUUACGUUACUCCCUAAACUACUGCCCACACUCCAGUCCAGUAGGUGGCGGUAAUGCACCUUUAGUGGUUUGCCAACCGCCAUUAAAAACAAAAAGAAGAAGAAGUACCGCGUCAAUCGGGAUUAAACCUCGGUUUGUUUACUUGUGCCGGUUGUAGAUAUUUUCUCCGGUUUUGUGUCGAUUUUAGUUCAUUAUUUUUUUAAAAAAAAUAUAAGCUUCUGACCGGCAUAAGAAUAAAUUCAGUUAAAUUUCGGUUUUGGAAAUGAGCUAGGUUGUUAAUUAGGCGCGAAGUUGUAGUUCUAGUUAAAGUGAAUUGUGGGAUAUGCUAACGACCGCUGGCUGCACGUGCAAGUCAAGUCAAGUCAAGUAGCUCAUUAUUAAAAACUAAAACCGGAUGAAAACAGAGCAUGGUGACUAAAAUAUUUAAUAUCAGUUCGCUUUAGUGACUGGUAAUUAAAUCAUUUUCUAGCUUAUACUAUACACUUUUGAUACAAAACGUUCUAUCCUGUCUUAUGGGGGGGGCAAGAGCACCCUAAGGGGUGGCACCUCCUCGUUUUAUAGAAGGAAAAGUUGCAUUGCGUUUUAAGAGCAAAAGAGUUCAGUUAAAGAAUUCAGCAUGGCCUCCCAUGGGAAUCAGUGCUCCUGCAGCGCUCACGGCUCAACCCCAAGCGUCCAUCAAACUCUAGAUGAGAUGGACUAUGAGAGAGGCAUAUGGUCGGCAGCUCUGGGUGGCGAUUUGGAGAGGGUCUGUUCAUUUUUGAAAAAAGGAGCGGAUCCGAACAUGAAGGACCAGGCUGGAUACACCGCUUUGCACUACGCCAGUCGAGCAGCUCACCAGCCGGUGUGUGAGUUGCUCCUGGAUCAUGGCGCCUGUGCCAAUUCUCAGACACACGGUGGCGCCACCGCUCUGCACAGAGCCGCCUACUGUGGCCACAUCAACAUCGUCAAACUGCUGCUGAAACACGGAGCUGAUCCUGGCUUAACAGAUGAUGAUGGAUCAACAUCUCUGCAUAAGGCUGCUGAGCAGGGCCAUCUGGAGACAUGUGUGUUGUUUGUGAGCAGAUAUCCCAUCCUGAGAACCGUAAAGGAUAAAAGAUCACGCUUACCUGUAGAUCUCAGUCCAGACCACAACACCUUCUUAGAGUUACUGAAGCCUCCUCAAUGAUCUCCACCAUAAAUCCCCAAAGGAGCUCUGAAUCUGUGAAAGUGCUGCUUAAACUAAAAGACAUGGUCCAGAUUUUGGCCAAAGUCUCCACAACUCCACCCAUCCUCAUCCUCAUUAACACCCCAUCAUCACCCCAAGCUCAUCUACACCCUCAUCUCCAUUCCCUUCCUCAUCUCCAUCCUGCACCCAUCCUCAUCAACAUCCCCAUCAUCAUCAUCUCCAUUCUCAUGCUAUCCUCAUCCCAUCCUCAUUCCAUCCUUCUCCCCAACUUCAUCUCCAUCCUCAUUCCCAACCUCAUCUGCUUCCUCAUCUCCAUAAUCCUCUCCAUCCUCAUUCCCAUCCUGUUCCCCAUCCACAUCUCCAUCCUUAUCUGCUUCCUCAUCUCCAUAAUCAUCUCCAUCCUCAUUCCCAUCCUGUUCCCCAUCCUCAUCCCUAUCCUUACUCCAUCCUCAUCUUCAUCUCCAUCCCCAUCCACAUCUCCAUCCUUAUCCCCAUCUUCAUCUCCAACCUCAUCUGCUUCCUCAUCUCCAUAAUCAUCUCCAUCCUCAUCCCAUCCUUCUCCCCAA